ACAUAUGCAACCAAAGAGAUGUCCCAGUUUUCUAAGGAGGGGGACAUCAACAUUGGAGGCAUAUUCUCCUUCCACCAGAACCCUGUCAGUGUCUUUCCAAGUGCUUUCCAAGCCAACCCGGGGACAAUUGAGUGCAGUGGGUUGGAUCCUGGUGAACUUCAGUAUGCAUACACCAUGAUGUUUGCCAUAGAGGAGAUUAACAAUAGCACAGAACUUUUGCCUGACAUGACACUGGGUUAUAGGAUAUUUGACUCCUGCCCUAGCAUCCCCCUGUCUAUCCGCGCGUCACUAAAUCUAAUGAAUCGUUAUGAGAGCGGGGAAGCUGGGAGCUGUGAGAAGCUCUCCACGGUGCAUGCAGUCAUAGGGGAGACCACCUCUACCUCCACUAUUGGCAUUGCACGUACCAUGGGACCCUUCCAUAUACCUGUAAUCAGCCAUUCUGCCACUUGUGCCUGUCUCAGCAACAGGAGAGACUACCCCUCUUUCUUCAGAACAAUACCCAGUGAUUUAUACCAAAGCAAGGCACUGGCUAAACUGGUCAAACAUCUAGGCUGGACAUGGGUGGGUGCUAUCCGGACCAGAAGUGACUAUGGAAAUGGAGGGAUGGCCACAUUCAUGGAAGCUGCUGCAAAAGAAGGAGUGUGUGUAGAGUAUUCUGUGGCAAUAUAUAGAACAGACCCUAAAAAGUGGUUCCUGGAGGUUGUGGACAUUAUCAAAAGAUCCACCUCUAAAGUCAUAGUGGCGUUUGCAGAUGGAACAGACUUGGAUAUUCUCAUCAAAGAACUGCAUGCUCAAAAUGUGACAGGGCUGCAGUGGGUGGGCAGUGAGGGGUGGAUCACAUAUCGCUACAUUGCCUCUGCUGUCAAUUAUGCUGUGGUGCAAGGGGCUGUGGGCUUUGCUGCUCUGAAUGCUCAUAUCCCUGGGCUGCAAGAGUUUCUAGCUAACAGCAGGCCCUCCACUCAGCCGGGAAAUCAGGGCCUAGUGGAAUUAUGGGAGUCGGUCUUCAAAUGUACACUAAAUCCAUCACAAGAAAUUGUAUCCUUACUGCCUGCAUGCAACGGCAGUGAGUCCUUGUGGGAUACCGACUCUCGCUUUUCUGAUGUUUCAGAUGCCAGUUUGUUGAAUAAUGUAUACAAGGCCACAUAUGCAAUAGCCCAUGCACUCCAUAUGCUCUUUACAUGUCAAAAAGGACUGGGACCAUUUGAGAAUAACUUAUGUGCUGAAAAGGGCAAUAUUAAACCAUGGCAGGUAUUGCAUUACCUAACACAAGUGAAUUUUACCACAAAGAUUGGUGAGAAUGUGUUUUUCGAUGCAGUGGGUGAUCCUGUGGCACGCUAUGCCCUUGUAAACUGGCAUAUGGAUGCCACAGGUUAUAUACUGUUUAAGACCAUUGGAUAUUAUGAUGCCUCUCAACCUGAAGGUCAACAGUUUGACAUGAAGAGCGGUGAAAAGGCAAUAUGGGCAGGCAACAGUCCAGAGGUGCCCAGAUCUGUGUGCAGUGAAAGCUGUCUGCCAGGGACCCGCCGGGCCUUCGUCAAAGGGAAACCUGUGUGUUGUUUCGACUGUAUUGCGUGUGCUGACGGAGAGUACAGCAACAGCACAAAUGCUGUGAAAUGCCAUAAAUGCCCUCCAGAGUACAAGUCCAAUGCAAAGAGGACUAAGUGUGAUCCAAAAGCAAUAGAGUACCUCACCUACAGGGAACUCAUGGGCAUAAUUCUUGUCUCUUUUUCGGUCUUCGGCGCUUGCUUGGCCGUUACCAUAGCACUGAUAUUUUUCAACUAUAGACAGACUCCAAUAGUGAGAGCCAACAAUUCAGAAAUGAGCUUCCUGCUGCUCUUCUCCCUGAGUCUGUGUUUCCUGUGCUCUCUCACCUUCAUCGGUCGUCCCUCUGAGUGGUCCUGCAUGCUGCGCCACACUGCAUUUGGCAUCACCUUUGUCCUCUGUAUCUCUUGUGUUCUGGGGAAGACUAUAGUGGUGCUCAUGGCCUUCAGAGCCACACUUCCAGGCAGUAAUGUUAUGAAAUGGUUUGGGCCUCUUCAGCAGAGACUCAGUGUUCUGGCUUUCACACUAGUACAAGUUGUAAUAUGUAUUUUGUGGUUAACAAUCAACCCUCCUUUCCCUUUUAAAAAUAUGAGUCACUAUAAAGAAAAGAUUAUACUUGAGUGUGGACUUGGAUCACCCAUUGGUUUCUGGGCAGUUCUUGGAUACAUAGGUCUGUUAGCUUUGUUGUGUUUUGUGUUGGCGUUCUUGGCUCGUAAACUUCCUGAUAACUUUAAUGAGGCCAAGUUUAUCACCUUCAGCAUGUUGAUCUUCUGUGCAGUCUGGAUCACUUUUAUCCCAGCUUAUGUCAGCUCUCCAGGAAAGUUUACUGUUGCCGUGGAGAUAUUUGCUAUUUUGGCUUCUAGUUAUGGUAUGCUGUUUUGUAUAUUUUUGCCCAAAUGCUUUAUCAUAUUAUUCAAGCCUGAACACAAUACAAAGAAACAUCUGAUGGGUAAAGCUUCACACAAGGGACUGUGA